GUGUUAUUACAUUCGAAUGGCUCGAUGGGGUCAAAGUUGAAUUCGCAAAAGGGGCGGUGUUAACAUUUUGAACAUGGCGGACAAAGAGAAAAAGAAGAAGGAAAGCAUAUUCGACCUGUCGAAAUACAUCGACAAGCCUAUCCGAGUGAAAUUCCAAGGAGGACGAGAAGCCAGUGGUGUUCUGAAAGGCUUUGAUCCUCUGCUGAAUCUCGUAUUGGAUGGCACGAUUGAAUACAUGCGCGACCCUGACGACCAGUACAAAUUAACAGAAGACACCCGGCAGUUGGGCCUGGUGGUGUGUCGAGGGACGUCCGUCGUACUCAUCUGUCCUCAGGAUGGCAUGGAGGCCAUUCCAAACCCUUUCAUUCAGCAACAGGAUGGCUAGUCCAGUGCAGUCUAGUCCAUCUCAUAGCACCCCAAUGUACAUUAUUUGUUUUGAUAGUGGACUUAGUACUUUGCGUUUUUGUUUGACAGACCUGUUGAGUUGUUAUCGAUCAUGCUAGUGCCCAAGACUCGGCUCAGCUAUUAUUUUGUACCCAGUUGUGAAGGUCUUAGACCUGAUGUUUCUGUAGGUGUUUGGCGAGUCAUGCAAUUUGAAUAUUUCAGUUCAGUCCUCUGUUUUUAUGAUUCGAUGAAUCAGUUUAAACAUUGCCCUUUUGUGACAUCUUUUUCUGUCAGUCCCUUUUUUGAUGGAGACAUUUUUGAAGUGUCCAUGUUGCUUUGAACUGAUAUUCCUUUACAAUUAAAUCGAUAUUUCAUAAA